CGUUCGAAACGCUUUUCAUUGCUGUAAUCUGCAACCUUUCAGCGUGGAGCCAUGCUGCCCUGCCGACCGCCUCCGUCGAAAUGUAUGUUCGUGAUUAAACGCCAUAUAUCGCGGGCUGCCUCCAAACAUCACGUCCGCAUGCGCGCCCUCGUCUCUCUAUACCACCAGUGCGACACCUUUGUAACUCCCGAAAACCUUUCCCAGAAAAUAGACGAAGCCUUUGUUCCUCAGAGAAACAACGUCAACUUCAAUUCCAACAUGGAAAAACGCAGUUUCGCAGAGCUGAAGAGGUUAGUCGCCGAAAGAGAGGAGGAGCCGCGCCAUUUCUUCGGAAAGGGCAUCAAGCCGUCUCCCACUGGCCUAAGGGCAGCGCUAGCGUCUUCAAGCCCCAACAGUGACCAACGGAGAACGGCGAGGGCGAUGGAGGCGCUCGUAGGGGUGAGCCGGGAUGGAAAGCCAUUAUGGACUGCGGUGCAGGAGAAUGCUUCGAAAAUAGAAAAACAACUACAGGAAGACCAACGGCAGGACGUUUAGCGAGAAUUGUUGGCCUGCGGAUGGUUAAGCAGACUUCAUUAUAGUGACUCAGCAUUAUUUUUAUCUCCUUACUGCGCUGUCUCGUACAGUUAGCUCGAUAUAUUGACGGCGAACUUCUGGAUGUGCUUUUGGCAUCAUCGUGGACCUGUAAUUGUUACCGAAGACCGGGUAGUGAGGCGCAGUGAGCAAUAUUGCGUGAACGCCAUGUCCGGGCAGUAGACUGAGUCCAAUUUUAUUUAUCUGAGACAACUGCAAUUGGGGCUGCUAAUUAUAAAACUUGCUUACAGAUUGCACAGUAAGUGGCUUCCAUAUGAAUGGUGAUUGACCUAUUAUGUACAUG